GAGCGCGACGUGAACGACCUCGGCGAAGUGUUGCCAACCGUGCUGCCAGACCCGGCGAAGCCCUUCGAGGCGGAUGCAUCUGAUGCCGCCUUCGGUACCAACAUUGAGGCGGCGGCAGCGACUGCCACUGCGAUCGCCACGGCAGUGAUGAUGUCGCAGAUGAUUGUGCAGGACAUCGAUGAUGCAAGCAACUUGUGUCAAGAGGCUCGCACCGUGGUCGGAUCCUUGAUCUCGCAGCUCCAGGGAGUCGCUCGAGAUCGGGAGCUGUGGAUCCACCGCUACCUCGCGCACAGGGAGCUGCUGUACUCCAACACGCUCUGCGAGCGAGCGCUGACAGAGAGGAUCGACGAAGGCACGAACUCGGCUCCGGUCGCCGCGUACGGCUGA